UGUCUGCUUGGGGCCAGCAGAGGUCCCUGGACUAGUCGCCCUGCAACGCCGGCGAGAAGGCCGCUCUCUUGCCUCGCCUUCCUCGGCUGUGCAGCAGCUUCCUUCGCCUCAAUCGGAGAGCCACAGACAGAGAGAGAGAGACCCUUCUUCCAGCCUCAAUCGCAUUAGCUGCCUUGGCGAAAAGAAAGAAGGGAGAAGGAAGGGAGGAAGGAAGGAGCCCAUGCCCUCCUCCUCCUCCUCCUCCUGCGGGAAGGCAGGCCAGCUGCUCCUCGCCCCUCUCUCUUCUCUGUAAAUGAAAAGAUGGUGAAUGAGGAAGAGGAGGGUACAUCUCAGCAAGGAAGUCCUAAACCAACAUCGCAGGGAAUGCCUUCAGAAACUUGCCCAAGUCAUGCUUCUUCAGACCAUGAAGUGGAAGGAGAUGAACUCAGUGAGACCAGUUCAGAGAUAGAGGGGAGAAGUUCUGCUCCAGAACCGGAGAAUGAAUCUCUUCCCCUCAGUGGAGGUCUAUGCUUGUCACAGACACAGUAUAUCUGCACUGUUUGUGGAGAAUGCUUCAGUGGGAGUUCUUGCCUUGUCGAGCAUCAAAAAGUUCACCAAGAGGUGAAGCCGCAUACGUGUCCUGUCUGUGGAAAGGGCUUUGCCCAGGAGGUGGAUUUGGUGGAGCACAUGCAGAGCCACACCGACGAGAAGCCCUUUUCGUGCCUGGAGUGCGGGAGGACCUUCCUCUUCAGCUCGGACCUGGUUUCUCACCAGAAAGUCCACACAGGUGAGAAGCCUUACAUCUGCCUGGAGUGUGGGAAGGGCUUCUCCCAGAGUUCCCAGUUGAUGUCCCACCGGAGGGUCCACACAGGAGAGAAGCCCUACGAGUGCAUCAUCUGCGAGAAGAGCUUCCGCUCCAACUACGACCUGGUCAACCACCAGAGGAGCCACACGGGUGAGAAGCCGUACAUAUGCUCUGACUGCGGGAAGAGCUUCACUCGGAGUUCGCACCUCAUCUCCCACCAGAGAGUACACACCGGGGAGAGGCCCUAUCCUUGCGGGAUCUGCGGGAAGCGCUUCCGAGACUGCUCUCAUCUAAUUCGACACCAGAGAGUCCAUACUGGGGAGAAGCCGUACGAGUGCUCCAUUUGUGGCAAGAGCUUCCGGGUCAACUACGACUUAGUGACCCAUCAGCGAAACCACACGGGAGAAAAGCCGUACGAAUGCCCCGACUGCGGCAAGGGCUUUAAGCGAAGCUCCCACCUCAUCUGCCACCAGCGGGUCCACACGGGGGAAAGGCCCUACCCCUGCGGCAUCUGCGGGAAAAGCUUCAGUUACAGCUCAGAUCUGAUUAAGCACCAGAGGAUCCACACCGGAGAGAAACCGUACGAGUGUCACAUCUGCGGAAAGAGCUUCCGGAUCAACGCCGACCUCGUCACUCACCAGAGAAUCCACACGGGAGAGAAGCCCUACACAUGUUCCGACUGCGGGAAGUGCUUUGCUCGGAGCUCGCGCCUCGUAUCCCAUCAGAGAGUCCAUGUCAAGGAUGGGAGUCUUGGGAUGGCACUUUCUGAAAUAGACACAUCUCCCGGUGCCACCGACUGGUGCUCGGCUUCUGAACGCCUCUGGAAUCAAGAGGAGGAAGUCGCGUCGCCUGUUAAGCAAAGCGGUGACCCUGCAGCUAUGACUGGACUUACAAAUUUGAGUCAGUUUGUGCUCAGCGAUACCUCUCAAGCGACCCACAUGGGGGAAAUAAAGAUGGAGGGAUUUUCUUGAUUGUUGACAUGUGAGCGGAGAAGCUAACAGCGGGAUACAAUAACACUGACUUACCAGUAAUAGAGUACUAAACCGUAUCACAAAUUCCUCCCUCUUCAUCCCUUUUGACUUGGGGAAGUAUAAAGGGAGGACUGAAGUAAGUCUCUGUGGUGUCUCUGAGCUCUCUUUCUCAUUGUCGGCCUCAGAGGGUGUUUCCAUUGGCACAAGGACUGGAACGUGUCUCUUCACAUGGCAUGGUUACCACCAAACACAUCUUCAUUAAAAGCCAUUUUUUAAAA